AUGUUACAAAUAUACACAGAUGGUGAUGUGAUUCUGGACAGUCCUGUCCAUCCUGUGACUGAGGGAGAUUCUCUGACUCUCCUCUGUUUAUUUCGCUCCACAAAGCCCUCAAACCUCACAGCUGAUUUCUAUAAAGAUGGAUCGCUGCUCCAGACCCAGACGACAGGAGAGAUGAUCAUCCGUACUGUCUCAAAGUCAGAUGAAGGUCUCUACCACUGUAAACACCCAGAGAGAGGAGAGUCACCACAGAGCUGGCUCUCAGUCAGAGGGGUUACAGAUGGAUCACUGCUUCAGAACCAGACGACAGGAGAGAUGAUCAUCUGUACUGUCUCAAAGACAGAUGAAGGUCUCUACCACUGUAAACACCCAGAGAGAGGAGAGUCACCACAGAGCUGGCUCUCAGUCAGAGCUUCAGGUUCUGGUGUAACAGUAGUAGUAAUAGUCGGAGUGUCAGUGGGACUGAGUCUAAUCUUGCUCCUCAUCAUCAUACUGGGCCUGAUUUGCUGCUACAAGAAGAGCAAAGGUGAUUCUGCAGCUCAGCCCAGUGAUGACACUUACGCUGUGUUCAGGUCCUUGUUCAGUCAGUCAUUACUGGGGCAGUAUGGAGCUCAGUCUGCUCUCUCUGAUGCUCUGUAA